AUAUUAAAAUGAACCUAUCGAAUAGUAAUGAUUUUAUAACAGCCACACAAAUGUAUAGAGAGAAUAAUGACUGUUUCAAUGCUUCUUUCACUUCUAGUACCUCUGUUGACAGUAUUGAUAGUAGUGACGGCAUUCUUGAUAAUAAUUAUAUUUGUGAGAACGAAUCUGAAACUAGUGAUAAAUAA